CUUGCGGACGUGUGCUGGCUCCUUUCGCGGUGUCUGGGCCUUGAGAUGCGCAGUUCCCAGGCCUUUUCCACCUCCAGUUUUCCAACAAAUUCAUAUGCAUUUAUCUGCAUUGAUUCUCAAAACUUGAUGUGGUAGACAGUCCAGGAGAUGUUUUCCCCAUUUUACUGAUGAGAAGAAAUUGAAAACAUCUGUGGAGUAUAAGAACACCAUGGAGCCCAUCAGAGUUUAUCACUGAAGAAUAUGAUGGCUGAAAGCAGUUUUGAUAGGCUAAAGAUUCAACAGUGUGUGGGAGCCAACAAAUUACCCAGAAACAGGCCAUAUAUUUGCAAUAUUUGCUUCAAGCACUUUGAAACACCAUCAAAAUUAGCAAGGCAUUAUCUCAUUCAUACUGGUCAAAAGCCAUUUGAAUGCGAUCUGUGUCAUAAAACCUUUAGACAGCUAGUUCAUCUGGACAGACAUCAGCUAACUCACAAUAUGCCUUUUAAAUGUAAUGUUUGUCAGCGCCAUUUUAAAAAUUUGAAGCCAUUUGUGAAGCACCAACAACUUCACAAUGAACCCUAUCAGAAUGAUGUUAAACAGACACGAAGAUUGCUGGAGGCCAAGCAAGAAAAGCCAGUGUAUGGAGCAUAUAAUACUUUUGCCACAGAGGAGAGAUGGGCAUUACACCCAUGCGCUAAGUCUGAUCCCACAUAUAGCACUACGAAGAGAGGAAAGAGUAUUCAUGCAUGUACACUCUGUAGCAAGAUGUUUCCAUCACAGUCAAAACUUGAUAGGCAUAUACUUACUCAUACUGGUCAGAGGCCUUUUAAAUGUGUCCUGUGUAGUAAAUCUUUCCGACAGUCAACUCAUUUAAAAAUCCAUCAACUCACUCAUUCAGAAGAAAGACCUUUUCAAUGUUGUUUUUGUCAAAAAGGAUUUAAGAUUCAAAGCAAACUUCUGAAGCAUAAACAAAUCCAUACAAGGAGUAAGACUUUUCAGACUCUCUCAUUAAAGGUGAAGAGUCCAGAAUCGUGCUCCCUGCCUAAUAAAUUAAAUUCAAAUCAAGAUGGUUUUGAAAAUGGCAAUAUGGAUGAAUCUGAGGAAAAUAAUCCACUUGAUGUCCACUCUAUUUAUAUUGUUCCUUUUCAAUGUCCAGAGUGUGAAGAGUGUUUUGAAUCAGAGCAGAUUCUCAAUGAGCACAAGUGUUUCCCUUCUGCCAGAGGUGGCAAAAUUCCAAAAAGACUGAAAAGAAGCUACAACUAUAAAACAAUUCUUAAAAAAAUCCUGGACAAGCUUAAACGUGCUAGAGGUAAAAAAUUAGAUAAAUUUCAAUCUGAGAAGAAAGUAUUUAAAAACAGUUUCUUGAAAAAUCGUGAUCUUUCUGGUGAGCAGAACUCUGAACAGACCCAAAGGACAUUUAUGGGCUCUCUUGGCAAAAAUGGAACAUAUAAGACAGUUGGCAAUAAAAAGAAGAAAGCACUGACUUUGCCAUUUUCUUGGCAAAGGCAAUUCCAGAGCCAAAACAUGGGAAAAAAUUUAAAAGGUAUUCUUACAACAGAAAACAUGCUAACCAUGGAUAAUUCAGUAAAUAAUAAGGACUUACCAAGCUGUGGUUCACCAGGUGAGGAAUUCUUUAGUAACUGUGAGGUACUUCAGUGUGGGUUUUCAGUUCCAAGUGAAAACAUACAUACUGGACAUAAGAUAUGUCCUUGUGACAAAUGUGAGAAAGUAUUUCCUUCUGUAUCCAAACUACAAAGACACUAUUUAAUUCAUACUGGACAAAGGCCUUUUGGCUGUAAUGUUUGUGGGAAGUCUUUUAGACAGGCAGCUCACUUAAAAAGACAUACACAAACUCAUGUUGAAAAGAAUCCUUAUAGAUCUCUUUUCCAAUCAGAAUUUGGAAAUAUGAACAAACUUUGCAUUCAUUCAUGUGAUAAUGUUAACUGUAAUGCUUCUCAUCAGGUCUCAGAGACAGACCAAACAUCAGAAGGAGGUGUUAAGGCAGAAUCCCAGGGUUUCGUUCUUGGAACCCACUGCAGUCUUUCAGAGCAGAGCCAUCAUUGUUACAGUUAUGCAGGGCAUCAGGAGCGAACUGAGGAUGGCCUCCUUUACUAUUGCAGCGUUUGUUCUAAAAGUUUCCGAUCCCCCUCUAAACUGGAAAGACACUAUCUAAUUCAUGCAGGUCAGAAACCAUUUGAAUGUUCAGUUUGUGGCAAAACAUUCAGACAGGCUCCUCACUGGAAGAGACAUCAACUUACUCACUUUAAAGAACGACCACAAAAAAAAGUGGUUUUAGAUUCAGUUGUAUAACUGAAACAACCGCUAAUAAUGUGUUGUUUCUGAUGAUCUUCAAGCCUAUAUUUAAAAUAGCAUUUCUAUCAAAAGGCCUGCAUUAGAUCGAUUUAAUAGGCAAUUGCUUGUCCUGCAUAGUAAGGAGGUAAAAUACAUAGAAAAUUAAUGUUUUCGGAGUAGCCAAGUUAACUUUUAGGAGGAAGAGCAUGAUUUUGAUGCCGUGAGAUAAGCAUUUAUUUUAGUUAAUAUUAUAAACAUGUUUUGGCUAUUUUGAAAGUUACAAAUCCAUGAGGCUGUACAAUAAUACAGCCUCAUUCAUUUUUUAAAGAAAUUAUUUCUUAAUACUUGCCAUCUCCUUUUGCUUUUUAGCUUUUUGAGGUAUACUCAAAAGACUGAGAGGCUAAAAUUGGCUUUUAGUUGCAGCAAAUAGCCCCAUUGUGUUUCAUUUAUUUUACCUUUCACAUGAAAGCAUAAUUUUGUCUAUCUGCAGCUCAAAUUGCAUUGCAGAGUUUUUUUCUUAGAAGUUUAAAAAACUAUAGAGGGAAUAAAAGUAAAAAAGGAUGAGAAAAUUAUAGCAUUAUUUUCAUCGGUCUUUUCAAAGGUGUUUAUUCUUAGAACUAUGUAGUAAUGUCACCUCUUUUUUCUCAGGUGAUGAAGAUUCUUUUAUUACCCAGGCUGCAGUUGUAUUUCUCAAAAGAAUUUAAAAGGAGAGAGGCUAGGAUGCAUCCAAACACAUUUACCAUAUUUGCUUACUAGGAAUAUUUUCCAAGUGCCAUAGUCUUUUUUGAUAAUAUGUACACAGUUUUAUCUUUUCAGAGGAUUAAGUGCAUUCAUCUGUUUCCUUGUUAAUGAUUGACAGCAGUAGUCAUAGACUUAAGACUCAUAGAGAUCUGUAUUUCCCUAAGAACUUUACAUUUUAGUAAAACUUAUUACGCCUCAAGUGGUCCUAUAAUGUAACUAAGCCUGUUCUACUAAAUUUUAUAAACUGGCAGUGACUAGGUCUAGUUUUAGUUUUUAUUCCUGUAUGUUUUUGCAAAACUCUAAUGCUAAAGAAUGUUAUUUUGAUCCUUAUUAAAUUUUUUUACAGGCAUUCCUGUAUAGGAACAAGGUGCUUAUAGUGUUAAAGGUAUCAUUCUUCUAGACAGAAUUAUCACAAUUCGGGAGAUAUUUUAUUCUGAACUAUGGAAAAUAUAAUCACAACUUGUCCCCCAUAUUUGCUAUUGUUUGUAAAAAUCUUUAAAAAUGAUAUUUUGUAGCAAUAAAAUAGUCAUUUUGUUUCUAAGGUGAAAAGAGCAGGUGGGUAUUUAUCAUAGCGCACUUAAAUGCAACAGAACCUCUGUAAGUGGACCAUCCAAGGGACUGUGACCAACUAGUCAGCAUAUAGAGGCAGUCAACUUAAGGAACUAGGCCUUCUGUACUGGUUCAUACAUGUGGUGCAUGUUCAGUCUAUGAAAAUUAGACCGAAUUAGACCACUUGAGGAAGUGGUCAACUAUGGAGGUUCUAUACGUAUAGUGAAAAGCCCUCUACUGAGAACGUGGAUAAAUGAAGUUUUGCAUUAUAUUCUUAGAACUGUCUUGAGAGGAGGGGGGUGGGGUGGGAGGUGGAUUUGAUCUGCUUAUUUUACUAUAAGUGAGUUGUAAGUAACUUGGGUUUAAUUUACAGAGAUGAAACAUGACAAUAUGAGUAAAAAACCUAAUGAUGUACAAAUGUUUAUGUUUUUUAAGUAGAUAGAGACAUCCAACUACGCAGAGGAGAAUCAUACGCUUUACAGAAUAAUUUCUCUAUUCGGGAGGCUGAGGCAAGAGAAUCGCUUGAGCCCAAAAGUUUGAGGUUGCUGAGCUGUGAUGCCAUGGCACUCAACCCCAGGGCAACUGAGUGAGACUCUGUCUCAAAAAUAAAAAAAAAUUUUUUUCUCUUAGGUUUCCUUGAGAUAAAUUCCUCUAGUAUAAGCAAGAUAAUUGUUUACAGAAUUUGCUUUACACAAAACUCUCCAAGAACACAUCUGUUACAUAAAAGCAAGGAAUAACUAGUUAAUAUUUUCUAAGAAUAAAUGUUCAAGAGUUUUUCCCAUGUCUGGAAUUAGGAUUUUGGCAUUUUCCUAAGCAAUUUAUGUAAUUUUAUUUUAUUUGGAGAAAAUGCCUUAAAUAUACUUUUCCAACCUAAAGGAGAAUCUUGACAGUGUUGUGCUUGUACGAUUAUGAGAUUUUUAUUUGCUUAAGUGGUAAUAGUAUACUUUUUUUUGGCCCAUGCCUUUUUAAGCUGUUUCAUAUUGAAAGUUGGAAUAUUGUAAAAAUUUUGUCAGAGAUGUACUGUAGUGCUAUUUGAAGUACCUGUAACAGAACACAGUUGGCCCUCUGUAUCCACAGGUUCUGCAUCCUUGGAUUUAACCUACUGCAAAUCAAAAAAGAUUGGGGGGGAUAAAUAAUACAAUAAAUAAUAAAAAUAAGAAUACAGUAUAACAGCUAUUUACAUAGAAUUAAUGUAUUAGGUUUUGUAAGUAACUUAGAAAUAAUUUAAAGUUUACGGGAGGAAUUGUGUUAGCUGGUAUGCAAUUAUGCCAUUUUAUAUAAGGGAUUUGAACAUCCUUGGAUUUUGUUGUCUGCAGAGGUCCUGGAACCAAUCCCCUGUGAAUACUGAGGGACAGCUGUACUUGUUUACCUUUAUUGUCAUUGCAAGCUUCUUAUGGAAACUAUAGGAAUGAAAAUAAUGUAUACAUCUAUGAUAAGAUUAAACAUUAGAUGUUAAAGGAGGGUUUGCUGCAUGCUAGAACUGUUAGAAUUGUUGAAUUACUUUAGUUUUCUGCAAAAAUAAACUUUAUAAACAUCUUUAAAGAUAACUAGAGGAAUUUUUUGUUCGACUCCAGGCUAUAGCAUGAUUAUGUACUGAAGUAGUUUGAUUGGCUGGCUGAGUUAGUAGACCGAUUGUUUUUUGUUUUGUACUACAAUAAGGCCUAUAAUUUUAAAAAUAUGGAUGUGUGUUUAAGAGAAGUAGAUGGUGGUUAAAAUUUUUGAAAAACUCAAAUUUUGAAUAUUUUUAAAAUAAAGUUUCAAGU